GCAAGUAACUAGUAAGCAUAAUCGAAUAGUUACUUGUUUAAGUUUUGCUGGGUCACUAUGGAUCAUAAGCUUUUUGUUAGGGUUCUGCUUGUAAGUCUCUCUCUUCUUCCAUUUAUGUCUAUGGUGGCUAAUGGUGACAGCACCAUAUCAUCUUGUAGCCAAACACCAUAUCCUCAAAUAUGUAAUUCCUUCGUUACCUCUAGUCCUCUAGUCACCACCAAAGGUUUUCGUGAUUUAGCUCUCACUGUCACCAUGAACCAAGCUCAACUAGCCCAUAAUCACAUUUCAGCUAUGGACUUGAGCUCUUUCGACGAGCCAGCCAAGGCAGCACAUGCCGACUGUGCGGAGCUUUACAAUGACACGGUUAGCAAGCUUAAUCGUGUAUUGUUGUCUAACAGUUGGGAAGAUACUCAAACAUGGCUUAGUGCAGCAGUUGCCAAUCACCAGACUUGCCUCAAUGGGUUUACGGAGCUCAACAAAGCUUCAUUUAUGUCUUCCUUACCUUCCAUGUUAAGUGACUUCUCAAAGUUGCUGAGUAACUCUCUAGCUGUGAACAAACAGGCAGCUUCAGCAAUGUCUGGUAAACCAGGCGGUGCUAGACGCUUGCUUUCUGAUGGGUUCCCUUCAUGGGUUUCUGUUGCUGAUAGAAAGCUUCUCCAGUCAACAAUAGCAGCUUCACAAGCUAAUAUAGUGGUGGCCGCUGAUGGGUCUGGUAAUUACAAGACCAUCUCUGAAGCUCUAACUGCUUCAUCCAAGCUAAGGAGUGGGACUUCAAGAUUUGUUAUAUAUGUGAAGAAGGGUACCUACCAAGAGAACGUACAGGUUACCAAGUCAAUGAAGAAUAUAAUGCUAAUAGGAGAUGGGAUUGGUGCUACCAUCGUUACUGGCAGUAAGAACGUCCAAGAUGGUUCCACAACUUUCAGUUCGGCCACCGUUGCUGCGGUGGGUGACGGCUUCAUCGCCAAGGCCAUGACCUUCCAAAACACAGCCGGACCUCAGAAGCACCAAGCGGUUGCAUUCCGUUCAGGCUCAGACCUUUCAGUUUUCUAUCAGUGCAGCUUCCAAGGAUACCAAGACACCUUAUAUGUCUAUUCCCAACGCCAGUUCUACCGUAACUGUGACAUCUAUGGCACAGUAGAUUUCAUCUUUGGAGAUGCUGCUGUCGUGUUCCAAAACUGCAACAUCUAUGUGAGAAAACCCAUGAGCAACCAACAGAACACCGUGACGGCUCAAGGGCGAUCUGAUCCGAAUGAGAACACCGGAAUAUCGAUCCAUGAUUGCACAAUUACAGCUGCUUCUGACUUGAAAGCAGUACAGAGUUCAUUUAAGACUUACUUGGGUCGUCCAUGGAAGGAAUACUCAAGGACUGUUGUCAUGAAGACUUCUCUUGAUAGCUUGAUCGAUUCUGCGGGGUGGCUUGAAUGGAGUGGCAAUUUUGCUCUAAGCACUCUUUACUAUGGAGAAUACGCAAAUACCGGUUCGGGGUCCAGCACAAGUGGUCGAGUGAAGUGGACGGGCUAUCAUAUCAUGAGCACCUCCGAUGCCCAGAAGUUCACAGUGGCAAACUUCUUGGGUGGUGGUUCUUGGAUUGGAGCCGCCGGAGUCCCAUACACUUCUGGGCUAUAAGCCCACAUUAACCCUUCAAAGGGCUAAUUCUAAAUUAUUUGGUUUAUUAGUAUUAUGUUUACAUAAUUCAUACGUUUCAUGCAAUUGUAAUUUACUUGUAUUGAAUUUGUCAUAUGGUUUGUGUCCAAUUCGUUGUGUAGAGUUAGGCAAAAAAUAUGAUGCCUUUGUUUAUUUUUUAUUAUUAUUAUUUUUUUUUUCCAAUUUGAGUAUGUAUGCAACACAUACAAUUGUUUUAUAGCCAAAGGAAAAUAAAGGCUUAAAUAUAAUUCAAUUUCUAUU